GAAAUUCAUGGAAAUUUGUCACAAGCCCAAACCAAUGGCGCCAUCUGGGAACAGUUUUGAAUCGAAUUUAAAUUUACGAAUCGUGGUCAACGAAUUUAUAUUUGUGGCUGUGCACAUUAUUCUUCAUUAUUUAUAUGAUAAAAUGUAUUAUCUGUAGUUAUUUGUUAUCAUAUGUGGUAGCGUAGUUGUUAUAAAGUUUUUUGAGCAGCAAAUAGUGCUGAUUUAUCACUUUCGUUACAUUGGUCUCAAGAAGUACAUAGAAUUUUGAAAUGGCAACCUCUUGUUUUUUGGAAAAAAUUUUAGAACAACAAUGUGAGAAAUUAAAAGUUCUUGAAAUUGCUACGAUAUUUAUUGACAGUAAAAAGGAAAUAAAGGAAGAGCUUUUUGAAAUGUACAAGCAAGUUGAAGAUAUGCAUCGUGAUAUUGAAAUUAUGAAAAAUAGAUUAAACAAGAUAAAAGAACAAAGUAAUAGAUGUGUUGAAUUGUCGUUGCUUCUUAAGGAAUUAGAUAAAAAGAUUAUUCACAUGGAAAAAAAUAUCUCCUCUGAGCUAAUUGAUGAUUAUCACCAUAGUGAGAAUUCUUUGUGUAUGAGCAUACUUUCCGAAGAUGAACUUUUAAAACAAUCACUGAUAAUAACAGACAUUGAUACAGAAGAGCAAAUGACUCCAUUGAAAGAUUGUAAAAAGAUAUUAUUUAAUGAACCUGAAGUUUGCCCAAUAAUACCUGCAAUAAGGGAAGAUGAGUUCAAAACAAUUCCAAAAUAUCUCAUAGGAAGGCAACCUAUAGAAAUUGUAAAUAAUUUGAUAGAUACUAUUAAUCAAGUAUUAAAAGCAAAAUAUACAUUCUUAUCACAAGGGAAAGCUCAUGCUAGGAAACAAGGCACUAUGAGUCUCUACUUACAUUAUAAAAAACAAGAAUUAGACGUUUGUACCAAUAAAGAAUAUGUAUACUUCUUUACAGCCAGUGAUUAUGAAAAAUAUGCUAAUUCAAAACUGAACAAAACCAAGUUAAAUUUAAUGACCGUUUUGCGACAUUGUAAACGAUUACGACAAUAUACGGUAAAGAGUGACAUACACUAUGUCAUACAAACAAAGUAAUGAUUGCUUGAAGUAUAGCAAAUGUAACAGA